AUGAAUCAAUAAUAGAAUUAGCAAGAAGGAGUCUCAUUUCCACCUUCAAUGUCUUAACAACCACCAAAAUAGUUUGGAAGUCAAUUCGGAAUACUUCCAUAACCUGCAAAUCAACCUGUAGUUCAACCUCCAAUAAACAAUUUUGGAAUCAUUCCUUAAUUCCCACCACCUAAUACCCAAGCAUCAAACCAACAAACCAAACCACCCUAAUUAGCAUUCAAUCUCCAGAAUAAAUAAUAAUAGAUCCCUCCAAUAAUACCAAGUUAGCCUUAAUCUAAUUUUAUAUAACAAAAUAACCCUAGUAAUAAACCAAUGUAAUUUUAAAAUCCCCAGCCAAACUUUGGUUAGAUUCCCUAAGGUGGCUAAAAUCCUCCAAAUUUUUCAAAGAUACCCUUCCCAAAGGCUGAUCCUAAUACUAAUAAUAAUAAUAAGUUUAAUCCAUAGAAUCCCACCUUUGCACCAAACUAAAAUAAUCCCUAAUUUCCGAUGCCCAACAAAUUCCCAUAACCAAUGAACAACAAUAUUGUUGCUUCUCAACCAAAAUAUGAUCCGAUGAUUGUUAAAGAUGAAUAUGAUAAAAUGAAAUUAGUAGAAAAUUUUACAAAAUACAUAGGGGAAGGAAACUUUAAUUGGGCUAUUGAAUGUUUGAAGCAAAUCAUAAGUAAUGAUAUCAGAGUAAAAAUUAAAGAUGGAUAAAAGAAUAGUAAUUGAUACAUAUACAUGAUAUCCCACAUAAAUUAUUAUGAAUAUUAAUUGAAAUCUAACAAAUAAAAGUUU